AUGAAUCUAGAACCUCAGAAUUCUAAAAUCUCAGAAUCUGAAAAUUUUGGAAAUCUCAGAAUCUCAGGAUUUCAGAAUCUCCAAAUCUUCAAAUCUCAAAAUCUCAGAAUCUCAGAAUCUCAGAAUCUCAGAAUCUCAGAAUCUCAGAAUCUCCGAAUCUCCGAAUCUCAGAGUCUCCGAAUCUCCGAAUCUCAGAAUCUUAGGAUCUCAGAAUCUUUAAAUCUUAGAAUUUUAAAACCUCAGAUUCUCAGAAUCUCUAAAUUUGAGAAUCUCGGAAUUCCAGAAUCUCAGAAUCUCAGAAUUUUAGAAUCUCAGAAUCUCAGGAUUUCAGAAUCUCCAAAUCUUCAAAUCUCAAAAUCUCAGAAUCUCAGAAUCUCAGAAUCUCAGAAUCUCCGAAUCUCCGAAUCUCAGAGUCUCCGAAUCUCCGAAUCUCAGAAUCUUAGGAUCUCAGAAUCUUUAAAUCUUAGAAUUUUAAAACCUCAGAUUCUCAGAAUCUCUAAAUUUGAGAAUCUCGGAAUUCCAGAAUCUCAGAAUCUCAGAAUUUUAGAAUCUCAGAAUCUCAGGAUUUCAGAAUCUCCAAAUCUUCAAAUCUCAAAAUCUCAGAAUCUCAGAAUCUCAGAAUCUCAGAAUCUCCGAAUCUCCGAAUCUCAGAGUCUCCGAAUCUCCGAAUCUCAGAAUCUUAGGAUCUCAGAAUCUUUAAAUCUUAGAAUUUUAAAACCUCAGAUUCUCAGAAUCUCUAAAUUUGAGAAUCUCGGAAUUCCAGAAUCUCAGAAUCUCAAAAUUUUAGAAUCUCAGAAUCUCAGGAUUUCAGAAUCUCCAAAUCUUCAAAUCUCAAAAUCUCAGAAUCUCAGAAUCUCAGAAUCUCCGAAUCUCCGAAUCUCCGAAUCUCAGAGUCUCCGAAUCUCCGAAUCUCAGAAUCUUUAA